UUGACGACUGUUUGGAAACUUCACGGCAAUUGGCAGAGUCUCGAGGGGUUCGUUUUCAGGUCAAAAUCAAGGUGAGUUUGCUGUUUGCAAUUGGCCAAUCGUGGACGUUGUUCGUAGGAUGCAACACCCCAAAGCUACCAUUCGCGCGCUGCUCAAAAUUCUCCCCUCUCCCAAGCUCCCAUCGUCGCUGUUUCGAUCGCCAUCUCGCAGAUCUCCGAACAAGUGUUCCUCGCCCCCAGCUGAACUCCAUAUGCCGAAGCGCCCAGCCUUCAUCCCACGGACCUGCGCAUGUCGCCUCUCUCCUAGGCGUCUCGGCAAACCGGACCACGCUCCCCGCACUGCCGGACUGCUCUCCUCGCCACCUGCAGCAAAAUCAGCCUCAACAGCACCGCACACCGUGAGGGGAAUCUAUUUCUCCGCUGUACAACUCCCGUCUGAUGGAGGCAAACAACACAACGCAAGCGGGUAG